UUUGAAUGACAGUAUAUGUCUUGACAUUGACAAAUAAUCAUUUAGAUAAUUAAACGCUGACUAUUGGCCCGCUACUUAGUAUAUUAUAAUUUAUGAUAAAUAAUUUAUUUUGAAUUGAUUGUGGCUUGUGAUUUUCGCUGAAAUUUGAAAAGCUUGUGACUGUGUUGUGAAAUUGUGCAAUGUUUAGUUAACGAAAAUGUCUGCGUUUGAGAAACUGAAACUUCUUAUUUGGAAAAAUUUUCUUUUACAAAAGAGACACAAAUACCAAACACUGUUUGAGAUAGCAUCACCUGUGAUAUUUUCACUAUUUUUAAUAUUAAUACGAUGUCUCGUCGAUCCACAAUCAAAACCCGACACAUCAUACCAGCCUUUUCUUCCGACUUAUUUCAAUAUGAGUGGAAGACAAUUAGGAAAUCUCACGACAGCAAAGAGUGAUGGUACAUUAGCUUUCUCUCCUGAAAAUGCUUUGACCAGGAAAGUUACCAAAGAUGCCAUGGCAAAGGUGGCCUUGGAUAAUCUCAAUGGAUUCAUAGCUCUUCUAUUUGAUCCAAGAGUUUUACCUGAACCUAAAGGAUUCAAUGAUUCAUCUGAACUAGAGGCAGCCCUCUCUAAGCCUAAUGUCAUGAAUCACAUCCUUGUUGGCAUACAGUUUGAUGAUAGUAUGGCCAAUGCUACUGAAUGGCCAGAAGAUAUUAAUGUGACCUUGAGAUUCCCAGCUGUUAUGAGGACUCCAAUGCUAGAACAUCCUUUGAGGAUCAGCUGGAGAACGAAUCUCUUAUUCCCUUUAUUCCCGCAGCCUGGGCCUAGAGUUCCCAAGGACAUGUAUGGUGGUAAAACACCAGGGUAUUCCCCCGAGAUGUUCCUGGCGGUGCAGCACGCUGUGUCGCAGGAGAUAAUAAAACAGAAGACUGGCAAGUCCAUCAACACCAAGGUGUACUUACAACGUCUACCUCAACUGUCUUAUAGACAGGACGAUUUAUUAGUUGCUAUGGAACGAUUUAUAUCUAUGAUCAUUAUGAUGUGCUUCGCUUACACGUUCGUUAACACAGUCAGGGUUGUCACCGCUGAAAAGGAAAUGCAAUUGAAGGAGACAAUGACUAUAAUGGGACUGCCGUCAUGGCUGCAUUGGUUGGCGUGGUUCAUCAAACAAUUCUCUUUCCUAUUAAUAUCUGUUAUCCUCAUGGUCAUAUUGUUUAAGAUUCCCUUCAACUCUACGUCAGACGGCGAAGGGUACGCCGUCCUAACUUUCACACCAUGGAGUGUACUAUUCUUCUUCUUGAUACUAUUCGUGAUCGCCUCAUUGUCUUUCUGUUUUAUGGUCAGCGUGUUCUUCACAAGAGCCAACACAGCGGCGUCGUUCAUGGGCCUGGCUUGGUUCUCGACAUAUUCAGCUUAUAUGUUGACUCAAAUGUUGUAUGAAGACAUAAGUUUAACGACAAAGCUGUUGCUAAGUUUAAUAUCGAACACAGCUAUUGGUUACGCACUCCAGAUGUUGGUAGUCUGUGAGGGAACUUCCAGAGGUUUACAAUGGGACGAGUUCUUUAUGCCGGUAUCCUAUCAUGAUCAGUUCCAGCCGGGUCACGUAGCGCUCAUGUUGGUCCUAGAUUCGAUUCUGUACAUGUUAAUAGCCGUCUACGUAGAGAAAAUUCGGCCGGGUCUAUACGGAGUGCCGUUGCCAUGGUACUUUCCGUUCACGAAAAGUUUUUGGUGUCCCGAUAACACUAAGGUUGCUGCACUAACGAAUAAAGACGGCGUCGAUCAGGAAUACAAGAACGCUUUGUUGAAAGUCAUACACGAUGAGGAACCAAAGGGAAUACCGAUGGGAAUUAAUAUAGAGAAUCUUACAAAAGUAUACAAAGGAAGGAAAAAGGCUGUCGAUAAUUUGAAUCUUAGGAUGUAUGAAAAUGAAAUAACAGUUCUGCUUGGUCACAACGGUGCCGGGAAAACAACAACGAUAUCAAUGCUGACGGGUAUGGUCCCACCAUCAUCCGGCUCGGCCACUAUAAACGGUUACGACAUUACUCGUGAGACGGAACAGGCUCGUAGGUCCAUCGGCAUAUGUCCACAACACAACGUCUUAUUCCCGGACCUGACUGUAGCUGAACAUAUAAUAUUCUACUCAAGAUUGAAAGGAGUCCCCUCCUCGAAGUUACAGGCUGAGGUUGAUCAUUUCGUCAAACUGUUGGAAUUGGAAGAAAAGCGUAAUGUAAUUUCGAAGCAUCUAUCUGGAGGUCAGAAGCGUCGUUUGUCAGUAGGGGCGGCGAUGUGUGGCUCAUCUAGAGUGGUGCUAUUAGAUGAACCAACAUCGGGUCUAGAUCCAGCCGCUAGACGAUCGCUAUGGGACCUACUGCAGAGGGAAAAGAAAGGUCGUACAAUGAUAUUGACGACCCACUUCAUGGAUGAGGCGGAUGUUUUGGGGGAUCGUAUCGCCAUCAUGUCCGGCGGACGCCUCCAGUGUGUCGGUACGCCUUAUUUCUUGAAGAAGCACUACGGCAUCGGAUACAAACUAACCAUAGUUAAACGAGAUAAUUGCAAUGUCAAUGACGUCACACAGUUCUUCAAACCGUUCGUGCCGGAUAUAAGGGAAAAUACCAACAUAGGUGAUUCACAUGGUAUAGGAUUUGGAUGUUUUUUUUUUUUUAUGUGUUCUAAUGUAUCGUUUCAUUCAGGUUCUGAAUUAACGUACAUUCUGCCAAAUGAACACGUCAACAAAUUCCCCGAUAUGCUUAAAAAGUUCGAAGAGGAAAAAGAUAAUUUAAAGAUAUCAAGCUACGGUUUAUCUGUGACGAGUCUGGAGGAAGUUUUUAUGAAAGCCGGAGCUGAGGAGAGCGAUGCAUCAGACAGAAAGAAAAACGGUACAAGUAUGGCAACACACAACGAUUGUGCGGUAGGACCAAUAGAUCGACAUCACGGCAUAUUGGACAAUGAACCGAUACAGAAAGUGAGAGGAUUCAAACUCCUCAGGAACCACAUAAAGGCGAUGUUCCUAAAACUUUGCUAUAACACAAUGAGGAAUAAAUUAGCUUCCUUCAUACAAAUAAUAACACCAAUAAUAAAUAUAUCGAUAUCCGUGUGGAUAGCUCGCUCUUGGAAAUUCAUGUCACAAUUACCACCAUUGGAACUAAGUUUGGAGAGUGGCUUUAGAAAAACUGUCACUUUAGUAUCAGAAGGGACGAACUUAACUGAUAACAGCAUAGAAAGGAGAGCGAUGAUGGCUUAUAAGGACUAUUUCAAAAGCAGUUCAGAUCCGACAAUGUUAUUGACUGAUAUCGGAAGAUUGGAUUUAUCCAAGUUCUAUUUGAAAUUGCUUCAAGCGGAUUUGCCAAGGGUCCGUUAUGAGAACUUAGUUGGGGCUACGUUCGCACCUCAACGUAUAACAGCGUGGUUCAGUAACUAUGGUUACCACGACUCGGCUAUAUCACUCGCCAUGGCCAAUAAUGCCAUCAUGGGAGCUCUAUCACCAGGGAGUUCCUUAAAAUUUAUCAACCAUCCCCUGCCCUACUCCAUCGAAAAUUUGGUCCGCGUGAUGGCGAGCGGCAGCAGUAUGGGCUUCCAGUUCGCGUUUAAUAUUGGAUUCUGUAUGGCUUUUGUUACAUCUUUUUUGGUUCUCUUCGCUAUUAAGGAACGUGUAAGUGGCGCGAAGCUCCUCCAGCGAGUGUCGGGAGUACGUCCCGUAAUAAUGUGGACAACCGCCCUUAUAUGGGAUUGGUUCUGGCUGUUCAUAGUGUUCAUAGCGAUCAUAGUCACACUUGGACUCUUCCAGGAGAACACAUUAGCGACACCGGCUGAAUUAGGGAGGGUGAUGUUGGUGCUGAUUAUAUUCGCCUUUGCAAUGAUCCCGUUGCACUAUUUAGCGUCUUUUUAUUUCGAAGCAUCAGCGACUGGUUUCUCAAAAAUGUGCUUCAUCAAUAUAUUCUCAGGUUGUAUGCCUUUCUUAAUAACGGAAGUGCUGAGGUUACCGGAAGUCGGUAAUCCGUACUACGCCCAUAUAUUUGACUGGGUCUUCUCGCCUUUACCCAUAUACUGUAUCAGUAGGAGCUUCAGGGAUAUGAGCGUGUCUGCGUUCUCUCUGCUGGCGUGUGACGCUCUCUGCGCCCAGCUCCCCGGAGUGAACUGUACCCGGUUCACGGUCUGCACGAAACUCAACGUCUCGGUUUGUUGUAUGGAGGACGAUCCCUUCCUGAGAUGGAGUGAACCAGGCAUCGGUCGUUAUCUCUUCACGAUGACUCUAGUCGGACUAAUCUCGUUCACGAUACUACUUAUAAAAGAAUACGAAAUAUUGAAUAAGGUAUUCUAUUCCGAGAGCAAGCACGGCCUACCUGCUUUAGUAGCUGAUGAAGACAGCGAUGUUGCUAACGAAAGACAAACCGUGAGGGCGUUCACUAGAAACGAAUUGACGCAGCACAGUCUCGUGUGUAGAGACUUAACUAAGUACUAUAAGGACUUCCUGGCGGUCAACAGACUUAGUUUCGCGGUACAUAAGGGUGAAUGCUUCGGCCUUUUGGGGAUUAACGGCGCGGGGAAGACGAGCACGUUCAGAAUGCUUACCGGAGACUCCAGGCUGAGUUGUGGAGACGCUUACGUACACGGACUGUCGCUCAAGACGCGUAUACAGGAUGUUCACAGACACAUCGGAUAUUGUCCGCAAUUCGACGCGUUGUUGGAGAAUCUAACAGCACGAGAAACUUUAAAGAUAUUCUGUCUCCUGCGUGGUAUACCUGUUAAAGUUGGAUCCGCGAGGGCCAUACAGUUGGCAGAAAUGUUGGGAUUCUUGAGACAUUACGAUAAAAAGGUUCACGAAUGUAGUGGUGGCACUAAAAGGAAAAUUAGUACAGCACUAGCACUCCUUGGGGAUUCACCUCUAGUGUUCCUUGACGAACCAACCACAGGCAUGGAUCCUGCCUCAAAGCGUUUAGUGUGGCGCUGUGUUAGCGAGGCAGCGGCCGGAGGAAGAAGCGUGGUCCUUACGUCGCACAGUAUGGAAGAAUGUGAGGCGCUGUGUUCGCGUUUAACGGUCAUGGUAAAUGGCCAACUGUACUGCCUCGGACCUCUUCAGCAUCUCAAGAAUAAAUUCUCACAAGGUUACACACUUAUCGUGAAAUGUUCGUCCGGCGCAGACAGAGAUGCCACUGUAGCGAAAAUAAACCAAUACGUCACGGACAACUUUCGGGACGCUAAACUUAUUGAGACGUACCUGGGCAUAAGUACUUAUUAUCUGAACGACCAAGACCUUCCGUGGUGGAGAGUUUUUCAUCUCAUGGAAGAAGCCAGAAGCCAGUUCCCCAUAGAAGACUAUUCUGUAUCUCAGACCACGCUGGAGCAAGUGUUCCUGCGCUUCACCAGGAAUCAGGGUCGAGGGGAUUAGCACUAUAUAAUGGAAUAGAACUCGCAUAUGGUUUUAGUUAUCAUAGUGAUGCCAGUAUUGCCCUAUUUACUUAAUACGGAACUAGCAGCCAAUACAAGGUCGGGUACCACGUUCAAUCGAUUCUGAACCUUAUUAAUAAUUAAAGUCUAAUCGGCUGCGGUGUAUCCAAAACGAAAACAGUAUUGCCUAUUUACUUAAACAUCAUUAUCGAUAAAAAUUAAAAAAAUACCACAAUAAUUGUGAGCGAAGCUCAAAUAACAUAAAUGACGUAAUUUCAACCUUCAAAUUUUGAGUGCCGAUGUGCACCUGAACUCCUUAUCUGCGUCCUUAGUUCUGAUAAGAUAAAAUGGUAAAAAUAAAAGAUUUAAAAUUUGUACCCAUCUAUUUAAUAAUAUUUUCUCAUUUACGUGUAUUAAUGUUUAGAUAUGUAUAUGUAAAGUUUAUAUCUCGUAUUCACGAAGCUAGCUUUUACAGCUGGUCUAUAUUUAAGUACAGAAGCAUUUUACAUUUAAAUCUGUUAAUGUCACAAUGACGUCUCAGAAUACUCAUAGUGUUCAAAGUACUGCAGUUUAAAUUUUCAUACAGGCUGCUUACUUUCUAAGACUGAAAGUGUAGAUACCGAUGAAGUUCGUUCAGAAAUGUUAUAUACGUAAUAAACAUAAUGUUGAUGUCUGCGUUUUCACAACUGUGCUCUUAAAAAUAUUCACCAAUCGGAAGAGCUCGUUUUUAAACAUUCUUAUUCUUAUUACAAAAUGGAGCCUUCCUAUUGGUGGGAUUAUUUUUCGUACAUACAUACGUAAACCGGAAUAUGUACAGAGAAAACGCACGUCAUAUUCUGUCGGAUAGCUUUGCUAGCAAUAAAUUUUUUCGUAUUUCAAGUACCUAUAUAAAAUUUAUGUGAUGUGCUUUCUGCGUUUGGAUGGUUGUUGAAAAUUUUUUAUAAAUUCGUUAUAAAAUUUAUAUGAGAUCACUGAAUGUAAUAACGAUGUCAUUAUAAUGAUGUUGUUAUGAUUAAUUUUUAUAAUUAUUUUAGUAUAUUUUUAUAUAAGUAGUCAAUGAAUUGCUGUCAGUAUUUUGCUUAAAGCAAUGUGCUUGUUUACAAAUGUGAUAUGAGAACGCGUCGAGCCGUGCUCCGUUCAUUUCUUGUUCAAACCCAUAACGGUUUUAUACUUUAAAGAAGGGUAUUAAAAUAUUUAUUAUUUUGCUACUUUAUGUAAUUUAAAAGUACACUCGUAUUUAAGUAAUAAAUUAGUUCCUAAUAAACUAAAAGUUUGAACGAUCCACGAAAGUUAUGUUGUAUUCAAUCUACAGCCUUAUUUAUUCAAAUUAUAUUUAUUAUUAUUUCAAAGCGACGUUUUUUAUAAAUAUUCUCAUACUACAUACAAUGCUUUCGAUUUCUCACGAUUUGGUGUUACGGAGCGAUAUUUUUAAUGUGUGCGCAUGUUUUGUAGAUAGGUAUACAUUUUUUUUUUUAUUAAAUAAAAUAUAUCGUGUAUAAA